UUGUUAGCGCGGAUACCCCUUGAGUAUCUGGUCAAUAUAAUGGAUAAUCUUAUUAAACCCAUUCCAGAACAGAAACUAGCAAAAUGAAGCAGUUUCCCUUUAAGAGCCAUGUAAACAAAGAGCGGAUUUGCUUUAUAUGAGAGGUAUUUUAUUUUACGCACUUCUUAUUAUGUGAAGUUGAACGGGGUUCUAAAGGGAUUUCCAGCGAUUGCGCGAGCGUAAAUGCUUUCUGAAUGUGAAAAUCUGCGCUCAUUCACUUUGUCAGGGGGAGUGAGAUAGUUCAAUGGGAGUGAGAGAGGAGCAUGAAUGGAGCAAAAUGGCGGAUCAUGUGCAGCAACUUGGCACUGAAAGUGUCGGCGUCUGCUGAUAGCCUAGCCCAGCUAGAGAUCCUGUGUAAGCAGCUGUACGAGACAACAGAGACUGGGGUGAGGUUGCAAGCAGAGAAAGCUCUGGUGGAGUUCACUAACAGCCCCGACUGUCUCAGCAAGUGUCAGCUACUACUGGAGAGAGGCAGCUCUUCCUACUCUCAACUUCUUGCAGCUACCUGUCUGUCUAAACUGGUUUCGCGCACCAACAACCCUCUUCCCUUGGAGCAGCGCAUCGAUAUCCGGAACUAUGUACUGAACUAUCUGGCGACGCGGCCGAAGUUGGCUGAGUUUGUUACCCAGGCUCUGAUCCAGCUGUACUCCAGGAUUACCAAGCUUGGCUGGUUCGACUGUCAGAAAGACGACUAUGUCUUCAGAAACGUCAUCGCAGACGUCACACGCUUCCUACAGCAGGACAGUGUAGAACAUUGCAUCAUAGGAGUCACCAUCCUAUCCCAACUGACCAAUGAGAUCAACCAGGCAGAUACCAGCCAUCCUCUGACCAAACACAGGAAGAUUGCGUCAUCGUUCAGAGACUCGUCCCUCUUUGACAUAUUCACCCUGUCUUGCAAUCUCCUCAAACAGGCGUCGGGUAAGAACCUCAACCUGAAUGAUGAGAGUCAGCAUGGUCUACUGAUGCAGCUACUGAAGCUCAGUCACAACUGUCUGAACUAUGACUUCAUCGGAACGUCUACAGACGAGUCCUCUGAUGACCUCUGCACUGUUCAGAUCCCCACUUCCUGGAGAUCAGCGUUUUUGGAUUCCUCCACUCUCCAGCUCUUUUUUGAUUUAUAUCAUUCCAUCCCUCCCUCCCUCUCCCCGUUGGUGUUGUCGUGUCUAGUCCAGAUAGCAUCAGUGAGGAGGUCUCUGUUCAACAACGCAGAGCGAGCCAAGUUCCUCUCUCACCUGGUGGAUGGAGUCAAGAGGAUACUAGAGAACCCACAGAGCCUCUCAGACCCUAACAACUACCAUGAGUUUUGUCGUCUGUUGGCGCGACUGAAAAGUAACUACCAGCUGGGAGAGCUGGUCAAAGUAGAAAACUACCCAGAAGUCAUCAGGCUUAUAGCCAACUUCACUGUCACCAGUCUACAGCACUGGGAGUUUGCCCCUAACUCUGUCCACUACCUGUUGAGCCUGUGGCAGCGCCUAGCAGCGUCUGUCCCUUACGUUAAAGCCACAGAGCCUCACCUGCUAGAAACAUACACACCUGAAGUCACCAAGGCCUACAUCACCUCGCGCCUCGAGUCUGUCUGCAUCAUACUCAGGGAUGGGUUAGAGGACCCUCUAGAUGACGCAGGGUUAGUCCAGCAGCAGUUAGACCAGCUCUCCACCAUCGGUCGCUGUGAAUACGAGAAGACCUGUGCCCUAUUGGUCCAGCUCUUCGACCAAUCAGCACAGACCUACCAGGAACUACUGCAGUCUACCAACUCAAGUACCAUCGAUAUCACUGUCCAGGAGGGGAGAUUAACAUGGUUGGUGUAUAUAAUCGGGGCGGUCAUUGGAGGAAGAGUGUCCUUCGCCUCUACAGAUGAACAAGACGCCAUGGACGGAGAACUAGUCUGUCGAGUGCUCCAGUUGAUGAACCUAACAGAUUCGCGGCUGGCCCAGGCGGGUAACGAGCGGUUGGAGUUGGCCAUGCUCAGCUUCUUUGAACAGUUCAGGAAAAUUUACAUCGGAGACCAGGUGCAAAAGUCCUCCAAGCUGUACCGGCGGCUGUCAGAGGUUCUGGGGCUGAAUGAUGAGACCAUGGUACUCAGCGUCUUCAUUGGAAAAAUCAUCACCAACCUGAAGUACUGGGGCCAGUGUGAACCAAUCACUUCCAAGACACUUCAGUUACUCAAUGACCUCUCUAUAGGGUACAGCAGUGUGAGGAAGUUGGUGAAACUCAGCGCUGUUCAGUUCAUGCUGAACAACCACACAAGCGAGCACUUCUCCUUCCUGGGCGUGAACAACCAAUCAAACCUCAGCGACAUGAGGUGUCGCACCACGUUCUACACCGCACUGGGACGCCUGCUGAUGGUCGACCUAGGUGAGGAUGAGGACCAGUUUGAACAAUUCAUGCUUCCCCUAACGGCGGCGUUUGAAGCAGUGGCUCAGAUGUUCAGCACCAACACAUUCAACGAGCAGGAGGCGAAGAGGACGUUGGUAGGACUGGUCAGAGACCUGAGAGGUAUCGCCUUUGCCUUCAACGCCAAGACCAGCUUUAUGAUGCUCUUCGACUGGAUCUACCCAGCCUACAUGCCCAUCCUGCAGAGAGCUAUAGAGCUCUGGUACCACGUACCAGCAUGCACCACUCCUGUCCUAAAGCUCAUGGCCGAGCUAGUCCACAACAGCCAGACAGCUGCUCUGCAAGGGGAGAGGAGAGAGCCAACAAGCUGGGUGUCAUCUUUCAGUCAACGGUCACAGAGGUUACAAUUUGACGUGUCAUCACCCAACGGAAUCCUGCUGUUCAGAGAAACCAGCAAGAUGAUCACCACCUAUGGUAACCGUAUCCUGACCAUUGGGGAGGUGCCUAAGGACCAGAUGUACAGUGUGAAGCUGAAGGGUGUCAGUGUGUGUUUCUCCAUGCUCAAGGCUGUGCUCUCUGGGAACUAUGUCAACUUCGGGGUGUUCCGUCUCUAUGGAGAUGACGCACUGGACAACGCGCUACAGACCUUCAUCAAACUGCUGCUGUCCAUACCACACAGCGACCUGCUGGACUAUCCCAAGUUGAGCCAGUCGUUCUACAGUCUGUUGGAGGUGUUGACUCAGGAUCACAUGAACUUCAUUGCUUCUCUAGAGCCGCAUGUCGUCAUGUACAUACUGUCAUCUAUCUCCGAGGGACUCACUGCACUGGAUACUAUGGUGUGUACUGGGUGUUGUUCCAGUCUGGACCAUAUCGCCACCUACCUGUUCAAACAGCUGUCUCGCUCCACUAAGAAACGACCUGUUGCUAUGGCAACAGACGAGCGCUUCCUACACAUCAUGCAGCAACACCCAGAGAUGAUCCAACAGAUGCUGUCCACAGUGUUGAACAUCAUCAUCUUUGAGGACUGCAGGAACCAGUGGUCCAUGUCCAGACCUCUACUGGGCCUCAUCCUGCUCAAUGAGAAGUAUUUUGCAGACCUGAGGAACAGCAUUGUGAAUAGCCAGCCUCCAGAAAAGCAGCAGGCCAUGCAUCUCUGCUUUGAAAACCUGAUGGAGGGGAUAGAACGCAACCUGCUAACCAAGAACAGAGACAGGUUCACCCAGAACCUCUCGGUGUUCCGGAGGGAGGUGAAUGACAGCAUGAAAAACUCUUCAUACGGAGUCAACACCAAUGACAUGAUGAGCUGACAUUCCACACACGCACACCUGCUCCACACAGAGCAGCUUCCCAAAACUCAACUCCCUCCACGCCUCCUCUCGCCCCCUCUUCCUCUCCACUCCUCUUCUCACCCCCCUUCCUCUCAUCUCUUCCUCUCCCUUGUGGUUCCACCCUCCUUUUUAUAGAAGCCUAUAUAAAUAUACAGAUCUAUUUUAAAGCCAGUCUGUAGAGGUCACCCUGCUACUUGCUGGGAGGAGAGGGGGAAGUGGAAGUGGAGGAUGGGAGGGAGGAUAUCUCUACACACUUUGGAGGGAGUGAAUCUGAGGGGGAGGAUGAGUGGGGGGAUGAAGGUGAAAAGGGAGAAGCCGGUAAAUGUAGUUCUCUGCUUCUGCCUGCCUUGUAUAGAAACACAACAAAUCAAGUGUACAUUUUUUUUCAUAACAUUUUGAACAAUGUUUAUAUUGAUUGAAUUUAAAACACAAAAUGAGAAACGUGUGAUUGAACUUUUUACAGUGUAGUGAGUCAGUGCACCUGUCUGUCUGUGUGUGGGGAAAAAACUUUCUACAGGGGAUGAGAGGAGCAAGAAAGUAGAGCGCACUAGAGCUGUGAUGGGGUAGAGACAAAGAGAGUGAGAAACUGUCCAUUUUGCACAUUUUCCUCUGGCCCUCUGAUUUGAGUGAUGUAAACUCUGAUUUGAGUGAUGUAAAUACCCACCACUGUUACUCCCUAGGCACUGCCCCUAGACACCACCUUUACUCUCUAUGCACUGUCCAAAGCCCCUAGACACCACCUUUACCUCCUAGACACUACCUUUAUCCCCUAGACACCACCUUUAGCCCUUAGACAUUUUGCCUAGAAAAUAAUUGCUUGUUCAAAUCGAAUUGGUUAGGUGUGGGGCAGGGUUAUGGGAGUAGGUUUGGGUUAAGGUCAUGCUCCACUUUACCCUCUGGUAGGCUGGUUGGAGCUGACACUAACCUCAGGGGAGUCUGUUGGGUUAGGGGAGAGUGAAGUGUCUCAGCAUGCUAGCUAGUGUGUAGGGGUCACAGAUCUGAUAACAGAAAGGAGCGUGGCUGCAGUCUCUCUGGAGUAUGUGUGACUCAGAGAGAGAGUGUGUGUGUGCGCGUGGCCUCUCGUGGUGCUGUAAAGGAGCGGUGCGCUCCAGACAGAACCUUCCAGGACAUUCUAGAACGUUCAGCUCUCGUUUUCGAGCUCCCUGAAGGAUAGUUUAUUUCUAAUUGAGAAACUAAAGAAGAAUGCAACCUUUGGUAGAACAUAGAGCUGUGUAUUACAGGGAAAUGGGUGGUAAGAAAAAGACAGAACUGUGUAUUAAAGAGGAGAUGUGGGUUCAGAGUUCAUUAGCAACUUGUGCUACUCUACAGGUGUUGCUGCUAACUGUUUGUGACGACUAGCUCAUCUCUAACAAUGUUGAUUUGACUUCCUGGUUUAUUGUUUUGGUUCCCUAAAGUGAGUGUGUGUGUUGGAUCGGUACCUUGGUCCUCUGAUGUGAGUGUGUGUUGGAUCGGUAGUUUGGUUGAGUUGUGUGGAUGUCUGCUACAUAUUAUAGUGUCAGCAUUGUGACUGCAAAUAAACGUUAUUUGGUUUGUAUA